CAUCCCACAGGCUUUUCGUUCAUUUCCAGGCCUAUUGUAAUCACUGAUAAAUGAGGUCAGGCUUAUAGUAGUGACUAUUUAAUCACCUAAUCGGGUAGAUAAUUGAGCAGACGCUUCAUUGUGAAUGAGCAUGAGGUUUUUGCUUCUGAAUAACUUGCUUUUCGCGUGAUUCUGACUUGGCAAUAAGUGAAAAUUUCUUAGUUCAAGAUGGCGUCGAGUUCGGUGAGUCAGGAAAGCUUAGACCGGGAAGAAUACGAGCCAAACACAAGGAGGAGUCGGUUUCGUAUUCUCCGUGGACGCAGUUCAACUCACAGGAGCGGAGGGGAAUCAUUAGAAAUGCCUGACAAAGAUCAAAACGGUGAAGGAGCCGAGCUGGAGCCCUUGGCCGGGGACAGAUCACCCCAUGAAUCUCCAACCAGAACAUCAUCUCGUUUCAAAGACAAAACAAGGGGCCGUCCCAAUCAUCUGCACAGCAAGGGGAAGACUGCCAAAGACAAAAGGAAGCUACGGGAGAAGAGAAGGAGCACUGGAGUAGUUCAUCUACCUUCGACAGAAAGCACUGGUGAUUCGCUAGAUGAUGAUAGUGGUGAGACAAAAAAGAACACAUCGUAUAAUGAGAGUGUGGACCCAGAUACACAGCAGUCCCCAGAGGAGCACAUGUCUAAGCCGUACGUGUGUAGAAGGAACAAAAGGUCAGUUGUGGAAGUCCCAUCUGACCUUGAAGCAGAUCUGGAGGACAAUCAAGACUACGACAGCACCGUCAGCCAAUCAGAAACGAAUCUCUCAAUCAUUGGCCAGACGGCGCCACCUGACUACUCAACGACGAAAUCAAACAACCGAGUGCGUUCACCGGAUUCUAGUAAAGGCGGACAGUAUGGCAAUGUGUCUACGGAUAGUUCUCAGGCCAAAAAUGUUCACUUCUGUCAAAGACUGCCGAGUGGGGGGAAUUAUUCGGGUGUGACGAGUUCGUCGUAUAAAGAUGGCGACAGCGGAGAUAGUAAACUCAGCUCGAACUCGUCAGAGGAAAAGAAUACGGUUCCAGUUUCAAAAACGGAUGAAUUAGAACAGCGAUUGAUGCAUGAACAAGAAGAAAACACGCAUUUGCGACAAUUAUUAGAAGAUAAAGAUAGGAGAAUUGCUGAACUGGAAAAGCAGGUGGCAUCAAUUACAAAGCAUUAGGAACAAAGGAGGUCGAUGAUCUCGAUAUGGAGUGUGAGACGUUACAUCGAGACAACCAAACGUUAUUCCAAGUCAUCAAUAAUCUCGGAGGAUCACGAUAGCAGUAGAAGACGUAUCGGUGGACAACCUAACUCCAGUUUAUGAAGUUAAGAAUACAAUUCUGCAUUGCACGAUUUUGGCUAAAGUGGCCAGGUUAUCUUAUGUCAUCUCUAAGUUGCAAUGCCAGUAUAAGCAAAUUCACAGCUUUUACUGCCCUUGAAUCACUGUUGAAAUCGAUGUUAAAGACGUACAAUCAUACUGCUAUUCUACCUAACUCCGCAUUUUGUAUAUGUAUCACAAGAAUCAAACCAUAGCUUUGACAUGGUCAUAAAAUUUAGGCAUGGUGGUUCAUUCACAUAGUUUGCAUGUUUCCCCGCUGGUACUUGGAAAAAACUUCAAAUUUCAAAUUAUAAACAAAUUAUCCUGACCUUCAAAGUGAGUUGUACGAGAGCCUGUAUUUGACAAUAUACAAGAGAGUUGUCUGGGCUAUUUUCUGUAUCUGGCCAAACCCAUAUUCUCCUGGGUGAGCUAAGACAGAAAAGGGUUAAAGGGGGACUAUAAAGGCUGUGCAGAUGACGUCGACACAGCAAAGACAUCUAGAGUUACAAAGUUGCAACGUCCAGGUUUCAAACUGGGGACCUCCCGAUCAGGAGGCGGUCGUUCAACCAUUGUGCGACCACGCUCCUCCAACGUUAUUUAGUAUUCUGAGAACUGCCUCUGGUUUGAGUCAGUGAUAAAAAUUUUCAUCAAACAUUUAUGAGGAGUGCAGAUGUACUGUGAGGUAGUAGAGGCCCCUAUUGGUGAUUCUGUGUAACUAAAUCUUACCCACCUGGCUCUUGCCUCUUGUCUCCUGUCAACAACAAAACUUCUUCCAAUCAAAUCUUUGGCAAAAUCUGGUUGAAGUAUGGUUUGGUUCUUGUUAAUAUAGCCAUGGUACUAGAUCACGCUAGAGAUGUAAUUUAUUCUGGACAAAUUCUGCAGUUAAACUGACAGAAGGAUAACACAAUAGUUGAGGUUUCAGAACAUAUUGGAUAAUAUUACUACAUUAAUUAUAUAAAUCAAUGUUGCUCUAAGAAGACUUGUGCAUUUAUGGCAACGCCAAAUAGUGUGCUCUAUAGCCGAUUCCCAGGCCGCAGCCAUGUUUCUUCGUUACAGUGAUUAGCCUGGGUGGCUAAUUUUGACAGGAGUCCUCCCCUGUCUGGCAUCACAGAAUUAGCCCCGAACCUGGCACCCACCUCGUGUUCGACGCAAUGUUGUUCCUGACGUUGUUCCCCCAUUUCAACCUGGGAAUCAUCUAUUCGUAUGUACGUACAUGUAUGUAAUUUUCAGUACAGAGCCAUAUGGGUUAAUUUUGGCUAUGUUUGUUCCUGAAUGUAUAGUACCGGUAUUUAGAUACAUUUGUAAUUCCUGAAUGUAAAGGUAAUUAAAUAUGCAGAUUUUGAUCUCAUGUAUUGUAUGUAAGCAUCUCUUUUUGGGCGAAACUGAGACUGGAUCAGCUGUGAAAAUUGGUGAGUCUUCUCCUCAAUUCUUUUGGGAAGUUUGUUCUAAUGGUUUCAGAUCUGAUGUUCAAAUGAGGCUCUCAAGUGUCUUUAUGUACGGUCCGCUCUCUGUAUAAUUUCAGAUCUGAUGUUCAAAUGAGGCUCUCAAGUGUCUUUAUGUACGGUCCGCUCUCUGUAUAAUUUCAGAUCUGAUGUUCAAAUGAGGCUCUCGAGUGUCUUUAUGUACGGUCUGCUCUCUGUAUAAUUUCAGAUCUGAUGUUCAAAUGAGGCUCUCGAGUGUCUUUAUGUACGGUCCGCUCUCUGUAUAAUUUCAGAUCUGAUGUUCAAAUGAGGCUCUCAAGUGUCUUUAUGUACGCUCGCUCUCUGUAUAAUUUCAGAUCUAAUGUUCAAAUGAGGCUCUCAAGUGUCUUUAUGUACGGUCUGCUCUCUGUAUAAUUUCAGAUCUAAUGUUCAAAUGAGGCUCUCAAGUGUCUUUAUGUACGGUCUGCUCUCUGUAUAAUUUCAGAUCUAAUGUUCAAAUGAGGCUCUCAAGUGUCUUUAUGUACGGUCUGCUCUCUGUAUAAUUUCAGAUCUAAUGUUCAAAUGAGGCUCUCAAGUGUCUUUAUGUACGGUCUGCUCUCUCUAUAAUUUGUUGGUCUUCCCUAUAGCGUAUGUCAGUUAUUUUUUUACUAGAUUUAGAUUUUUAUUAGAUUUAGCUGAGGUCGUAACUGCUCAAACUGUUCUUGCGAUUGGCCGCUGUCUUAAAGUGUCUGAUGAGAAAGUGUCGACUUAAGAAGAAAUAAAAGGUUUAAGCUUGCAGGUGAGGAUCAAGGGGGGCAAUCCUGGCCUCUCCCCUUUAAAGUUCUUCCAAAAAACAAAUUUUCACUUGAACUGAGUAAUGCAAACUUUCACCAUUUUAUGUCAAGGACUCUGAUUGUUUGUGAGUAAUGGCACCCAGGGUGCUUAUUGUCCAGUCGAUCUCAAACCUGGGUACCAUUUGUCGGCACCCAGGGCGACAUCUACCCUUUCAGCAUAAUUGAGUAAGUUUGAUAUCCAUUCUGUUCUCAGACACUUUAUGACCAGCCAAUCGGAGGGUCUAUUCUUCUAUUCAACUCUCUUCUAUUCAAUUCUAUUCUAUUUAUUGUAGCAAUUAAUUUAUGUUGUCAGUGCUGUCCAUCCACUUAGCUCAGUGUUUGAAUUUUGCUUCAUGCUCAUACGAAAUGUGAAAAUUAAAUGUAAGCGUUUUGUACAACUGUACUGUCUCAAAGCGCUUAUAAUUCAUUCCCUAUCGCCUAAUCCAGAAAUCUUUCUGUAGAAAGCAAGAAUUGCACCUACUGUGCUACACUCGGCCAUUUCAGGCCAGUUGAAAGUAUCAAGAAGGACUGGUCAAGUCUUGAACCCACGACCUUCUGAUCGCGAGUGGAAUACUCUUCCACUCAGCCACAGUGAUACCUGUAGUGUAUGCACUGAACAAUGUCAAUUACCUUUCGUUUUAUAAUGUUUUGGGUGUGGCUGAAGGUUGAUGAUAUGCACACUCUCAUAACUUGUUUGUUCUCAAUUAUUUAAGGCCAACGCCUUGUCUGCUGUAUAGAUAUACAUUUGCUAAGACUCUUGUCAAGUUACUCCUACCUGCUGUCUAGAUCUUAUUCAGAUUGUUUUGAUUUGCUCAGAUUCUUGUAAAGCAACUCUCUUCUACUGUCUAAACCUAAUCAGUGCCUAUUUAAAUUUGAUGCAGUUGGUACAUGUAUAAGUAUAAGUGCUUUUUUAUUACUGUAUUGAAAUUUGUACAUCAUUGUCCUGCUAUGCACUGUCAGUAGCACUUUCAAGCAUGUCUUUCAAGCAUGUCUUUCAAGCAUGUCUUUCAAGCACUGCGGCUCACUUUAAUCCAGAUGAAGUUCAUUUAAAAUUCAUGCGGUCUAUGCUCUGCCAUCUAGUGCAUAAGGCAGUAACUAUGUACUGGAAAAGCACCACAAUUCUUUGGUUAUUUUUGAAUCAGUUUAGAUUGCCACAUCCAGUGUGGAUAUCAUGCCAUUUCUGUCCAAUGCCAAACACCAAAGAAAUUGCCCCAUAGCAGAGGGGAUAUGAUUUUAUCUAAUUCAACAGUAAAAGUCUAUCAAUUGGAAGGCAGAUUACUGCUCACAAGCUCCAAGUAAACAUGUCCUUGAUUCAAAUCUAUUCUAUUCUAUUCUAUCUUUCAUGUUUUCCCACAGUACACCACGAACAUUCCGUUUGAAAAUGUAAGGUAAAUGGGUACAAUUAUUGCCCCAGUACAAUUGUAGUCGCUGUGUGCAUCAAUCUGUUCUGCCUGCUCUAUUCUACAUUGUAGGGAAAAUAAUUGUACAAUAAUUUUCCUUUAAAAUACUUGAUGGACACGUUUUUGUAUAGAAUCUGGUUUGACCAGGUUGGGAUGUCUUGCUGGUUGCAGUAGUAUUGCAUUCAAUCUUAAUAAGGGGAAUAUAAGCAUUGUGUAACUACUCUCUAAAUGUAGCCAAAAGUGUAGAUGCCAUCUGUAAUGUAAGUACAUGUACAUGUAUGUCACAACCUAUGCAUUGUUGAUCUGUGUGUUGCAUAAUCAGUGCCAGUAUAAUCAUGUGUCAAUGUGAUCACGAUGAAGCUUUGCGACUCCCUGACCCGAAUGUUCGUCUUAGAUUUGAAAAGUGUUUGGUAUUACCUUUUCCACUGCACCUCCUAGCACAUCUUUCAAAGUCCAGCGCUCAAAGCUACGUCUGAGCUGUGUACCAAAUUUAGUUGUAGUUUUAUUGGAGUUUAGUUCCACGAAUAAAACUCUCGACUUGGGAAAAUAAGAAUCACAACAGUUUUGUGAAGAACAAAGGAGAAAUUUCAAAAUGUGGCACAAUACUAUAGAUCCAUGCACUUGAUUGGGAACAACGUUUACAUGACGUAGUGUUGGCCGUCGUCACGUCACCAUGCAUUUUACAUUACUGUAACAUGACGAGACGCGACGUUUUCGUAAACGUUGGUCCCAAUCAAGAGCAUGGAUCUAUAAUGCACAAUUGCACAAAAAUUAUUGGUUUCGUACGCAAUAGCUUGGUAAGGUCCUCUGCAGUAAUUUAGGAUUGAUGUUUUUAACUGGGGGCGGGGAAUUUUUUAGUCUUCUGAAUUUCUUUGUGCCAGUAUUUAAUCUUAUCUAUGCUGAACAUAAAACUUUGUACAAAGGGAUACUCUCUUGUGCACUCAGCGGUAUUCCGAGGUCAGUUUGAAACGAGCCUUCAAUCACAGCUUUUUCUAUAAGACCCUGACUCAUCGGGGUUAUUGAGUCUGAAGACUUGUUACUUGGAAUGUUUUUGGCGCGGAGAGAAUCUGAAUUUGGGACUCCACUGAGAGAAAUUUGCCUUACUCUUUGAACUUUCUUGAGUUGCUUAAAUAUGCAGCUUUGACUUGUGAAGUUGCAACCAUCAGUUUGAAGAAGAUAAACGGAGAAGUCUUGCGAUGGGCACUUUCCAGUGUGACUUGUUCAUAUUCUAAUAGAGCGUUCUUCAGUAUUAGGUGUCCCAUUUUCAACAUGAAUGUAUUUGUGUUUCUAAGUUUAGACUUUGACUCUGAAUUCGGAUAUGCAGAGUGUCUUAAUCUAGAAACAAUUGUGAGAUAUGGUCUCAUCUUGAACUGCGGUGUGAUUGGAUAAAAGCACAAAUGCCAAAAAGCAGUGAAGUUUUUAAAGAUAUGACGACAAACAGGCACCAGAGUUCACUUGAUAGCCGACCCAAGGUAUCCGGUAUGCAUGGUUUCAUCAAAUUAUAUUUAAAAGAUCGACAGUAAUCGAUUGUAUGAUAAAGAAAAUGAAUGUUAAUGUCACCUGAUUUUGUGUUGUAGUUAGCGAUGUAGCUAUUGAUAAUGUGAUUAAUUUAAUAUAUAAUAGCUAUCAAUUUUCA